AAUCAAAUGAGUCUCCUUUACCCACAGCAGAAGCCAAAGCGGAGACAGGCACGACCAGAACUUACAGACGAGCAGAAGCAAGAGAUACAGGAAGCUUUUGAGCUGUUUGACACAGACAAGGAUAAUGCUCUAGAUUAUCAUGAACUCAAGGUUGCGAUGCGUGCACUUGGAUUCGAUGUUAAAAAGGCUGAAGUCCUUAAAGUCUUGCGGGACUAUGAUAAAGAUAAUCAAGGCUUGAUUGACUUUGAAGGUUUUAACAAAGUCAUGACUGAGCGGAUUCUUGAUCGAGAUCCUUUAGAAGAGAUUCGUAAAGCGUUUCAAUUAUUUGACGAUGAUGGAACAGGCAAGAUUUCACUUCGCAAUCUCCGUCGUGUUGCAAAAGAGAUUGGUGAGAGUUUGGAUGAUGAGGAGCUGCAAGCCAUGAUUGAUGAGUUUGAUUUGGACCAAGAUGGCGAAAUCAACGAGCAAGAGUUUAUUGGGAUUAUGACGGAUGCGAAUGAAUAAAGUACUUGACCGAACCAGUUGAGGUUUGAACACAAGCAUUUCAGAAGAAAUGAAUGAGAUUCAAGUGACAAUCCGAUAUCAGCAAAUAUUGCUUUACAGGCUCAAGCGAAACUGUA